CCUUGUAGGUGUGGAAAGCCAGAGACACACAGAGGAGGUGUCGUGUUACAAUUGUCCUGCCUUCUCAGUGAGUGGGUGACAGGGCAAACCGCCUUCUGCAAAAGAUCCAUACUUGCGCCACUUCUGCAGCGAUACAACAGGAGUUGAAAACCAGUAGACAUGGCUGAGUUGAUGGAAGAUCAGGUGCUCAUGGCCUUCACCACCUAUGCAGCUAUCGUCCUCGUAAAGAUGCUGGUGAUGGGACCAUUGACUGGGUUCUAUCGAUUCAGAAGAGGAUCCUUCGUAAAUGAGGAGGAUGUGUCAGUACGGGCUAGGACUGAAGAAGAAAAAAAGAAGCUUCUGAGAGUUCAUCCAGAUGUGGAACGUGUUCGAAGGUGCCACCAGAAUGACCUGGAGAACAUCAUUCCCUUCGUGCUGAUCGGUCUGCUCUAUUCUCUGACUGGACCGGAACUUUCUACGGCUCUGCUCCACUUCCGCCUUUUUGCCGGCGCUCGUAUCUUCCACACCAUCUGCUAUGUAGGUGCUUUGCCUCAGCCCAGCAGAGCUCUGUGCUGGAUACUGGGUCUGGUGGUCACCUUCUCCAUGGCCUACAGCGUCCUCAACACUACUCUCCUCCUCUAGAGAAGACAGUCCACCACAAGUGCAUCUUUUCUGUCUCAUUUUCCUCUUGCUGUUUCAGUCUUAAUGAACUUAAUUCAACCAGCCAAUGUGAAUUCUGUGCAACCGAGCGGUUUUGUCCAAUUGCUGUACUUUUCUGAAAAUAUGGCUAACCAGUGUGGUUUCCUAAAGUUUACCAAAGACAGCAAUGCCCUUCAUAAAAUACUGAGACUUACAUCUAUGUCAUAGAGUUCCUGACAUUAGCCCAUAAAGACCCAAACAUCCACUGUCGACCAAAACAUCUAGUGAUAUAAACUGUUGAAUAACCAUACAUCCGUUAAUCUCCGUAGUGAACAUGGAAAAUCUAUCAUCUUCUACAACACUGAUUCACCCGUAAAAAUCAUGGAGUUUGAUCAAUGACAGUGGAUGGACACACUUGUUUUUAUGCUCAGUUAAUAAUAGAUUUGA